GGUUGAAAGUCAAAACAAGUCCUUUCUCUCUGUGUACUCUCUACUCUUUGCGACUUUUUGUAGUGUUUUACUUUCGCUUUUGGCGAUUUUUCCUUUUUGUAUUUUCUUCGUCCCCAAUGCAGCCUGUGUGACAUUCAUUUCGGUUUUUUAAAGGACAAAAUUAGCCAAGUAAGGGGCUACAUUUUGUGACAUUUCGACAUGGUUCGAGAUAAUGUAGAAGACAUCGGGAGUGCCUCAACUUUGUUACAAGGUAAGCUUAAUCUUGAUUCUUGAAGCUUCAUCACUUAUAAUUGCUUAUCACGUGGCUUAUACAGAACUUCACUAAUAUUAGGUUGUUGUAUAGUGCAUGAACAACAUUCGUCCACUACGACUAUUACUGUCUGACAUAACUCUAAGAAAUAAUCAAUUCUUCUUCUCUGACAUUUUCAAUUUCUGUUCGUUUUUCACCUUUACCUUUAAUUUUAUUCAUAGAGUCAAGCUUAAAAGUUAUCAUUUGGGCUUAUUGCAUGGAAAAGUGUCGUGCAGGUCGAUGGAUUACGGCACUCUCCUGAUUUUGUUCUCUUUUACAGCUCUUGUAAAAGACUUGCGUCAAAACCAGAACAACGAGGAAAGAGUUACAGCACUGGCAGAUCGAAUAACCAACCUUGCAAACAGAUUGCAUAAACUGUCAUUUGAUAGAAGUGAAAAUAAUGCAGUGUUAAUUCAGAUACACAGUUGUUCUGUUACACUUUGGAAUAUUGCUGUGGCAAUGAAGACUGGUGGAACAACAGGCGCAAUUUCAAAUGCACGAUGUAAGAUUCAGUCUGCGUCUGUGUGUUUAAUAAGGUUUCUCAGCUUCAUUUACACACUCUCGAUAUACCGUAAAAUCCCGAAAAAAAGGAACAUCAUCAUAGGUUUCCCUGGUUUAUUCUCACAGAUCAGAUUGAUGUAUUGGUUGUUAUAUAUCUUGUAUGGUCUGGUUACAGUUAGAGUUGGAUUUUUGAAAUUUUGUUUUUCUAGUAAAAUAAAGUACGUUUAAUUCGAUUUGAGCCUUUUUCGAGUUUAUUUUUAGGUUAUAAUUCCCCUGAAUAUAAGCCCAUCCAAAAUCCCUUACAAAAUUGUACUAGACCAGGGCUUACACCCUCUUUCAAAUAAUAAUAUAGUCUAAUUAACUGGUCUCUGCGAUUUUUGUACGCGUGAAUGAGCAACUUCUAACUACUAAUAAGAAUUUAGAGGCAUCUAAUGUUGCAAACUUUAAUACUAUGACAGCUUGUUGUUUAGUCAAGAGCAACUUUGCUCUUUUUCAUUUCAGUAAGGCAUGCAGCUUGUAACCUGUCAUUUUUGGCAAAUGCUUCCGAAACAAGUGAGGUGACAUACAGAAAACAACUCGUGGUAAGAACAAAGAAAUGCUCAGUUUUAUCAUUCUCACGAUCCUUCUUUCGUCAGCUACGUAUCAAGCGAGAUGCUAUGUAAUUUCUUACCUAUUAAAAAGCCACAAAGAUACGGGAUCUAAGCUUUUAAUAUCAUUAUUUUUUAUUUAGAUGACAACAAAAACCGGAAAAGCCUGGCUGGGUAAGUCAAACUCGGUAAUAUCAUGAUUAAAUUCACGUAAAUUAAAUUUAAUCAGAAUGUCCCACACCCGCGCGUUCAACCCAAAAAUGUCCAAACACGUAGCCAAAACAAGAUGCUUUGAGGACAAAAAAAUUCCAGUGCGUAAAUAAGAAUAGAAUAUUCAAAUUAAAGUUGAAAGGCAAAAUUUAAGCUUACAGUAUCGCGAUCUUAUUAAUUUCCCUGUCUUUUUUUAUUGUAUUCACCAUGGUACAAUGCCAAGUCCUUAGCCAGACAUUCGGCAUAAACUAUUUGUUAUAGCUUUAUAUAGCCUCGAAAACGUAUAGUUACUAUACUACUCCCAACAAUUUUCCUUUUGUUAAAUUCAUUUCUUCUACUUUAUACAUAAUAGGUAUAACUUAAAAUGCUUUUUGUUGUUGUUUUCUGUUCCUUUUGAAAAGUGAUAUAAAGUAUUACUUGUACGUGAAAUUGAUCGUCGCGAAUGCGAAUCAGAAAAUUUUGAAAUCUAGAAGCUCUGCAAUGUUUUUCCGGAAUUUUUCUCUCGCAAUACCUUACUACAUGCGUCAGUUUUAAUGCAUUUUUAUCCAGUAAGAACGGCGACCACGCACAUUACAGAAGUCUUGUGGUAUUUCAACAUUCAGGUUGCUUUGAGCUCCUUAAGUCUUUUUGUAUUUUAGAAUGCCAAAACCCAGCCAUGGCAGAGGAGUGCCUUGCGUUAGCAUCAGAGGUACGUUUUAGAAUACUCCCCGACCAGAAUUGUACAGUGCUCAGCAAUGAAAUUUUAACACUUACUUAUUAAAACCAUUACGUAAAAAGCUCUCUCUAUAUAUUUGUAUCAUGUGCUAAUGCGGUCGUUGCACUGGCGUACGCAUAGUGUUUCAAUCGGUUAAUAAUCCUCUUUUUGAGGGGUCGCUGUACUGGAAAAUAAAUCUCUCAUUAUUUGCUGAACCUGCUUCGUAUCUCGGCGUCGUUCUUAAUUUUGGUUUCUUUAACAACGAAGUUAAAGUUACAUUUUACAUUUUAUUUUUGAGUGUCGAAAGUUGUGGUAUUUGGUGUUUGCUUGUUCUGUAUUAAAGUUUGGCUAAAGGCGUCCACACCACUUCUUAGCCAAUCAGAAAUAAGACGAAACUAACCAUUCGGCCAAAAAACCAGUCCGAGGCUUCUGGUGUUUGCCAAAGGAACUUCUUUGAUUUUAGGUUAACGACUUUCACACUGUAGUCAUUACUAUCCGACUUCAUAUCCGGUGGUCAUAGCAAGUAUUGUAUGAUGGUUAAAUUUGUUUCCCAAGACAGUAAACUUUUGUCACUCUGCGAACUCAUGAAGGGCAUAAAUUGUAUUGGCGUCCCACUGCAGCGGUUUCCUAUGGGAUGGAAUAACAUCCAGCCCAGAAGGAAAGAGGUGGCGGUGAAGUGAUACUCCCUGGUGUAACAUGCUUGAACGUCAUCUUAUACUUUUUUCCUUGCAUAAUUGCCAUAAUUCGACUCCAAUCUUUUCUCGUGUUGUUUUGUAUUGUUUUACUUUGAAGUGCUGGGAUGGAUUGCAAAAGGUGUGGUCCUUAAAUGAGAUGCAGUCAUCAUCAACGGAACAAGCCAAAAACAUUGCAGAAAGUGAGCGCUACAUAUUCCGAGUCUUUUGCUACAGAGCUGAAGCCGUGAGUAGUUUUCACUUAAAUUGCCCAUCAGGAAAAGUUUACGAGAACAGGCUUUUAAAAGAAGCCUUUAAUUUUUUAUUCUUCGCGUUUUCGGGUUUUCUAAAGAUCCAGGAAACGUUGCCACUUAUAAUAGUGAGGAGCGUAAUUUUUUUAACGGUUUGUAUGUUCAUUCACAGAGCUUUUCGCUGAAAAAUUACGACUCAGUUGGCUUUUAUGUUAGGAAAGCCAUAGAAUACUUGCCAAGACUAACUUUGAAAGAGGUGAGAGACGAUACUUGCUAUAGGCACUUUAUAUAUUUUGCCAUGUGAUUAAAAAACUGGUAAUGUGCUCCUUUUCCUCCGUACCGAAGAGCAUUUCCUUGGCACAGCUGUGUUACAAUUUUGGUGUUGAUACCUACUACCGUGAGGAAUACGAGACCUGCAUCGGCUGGCUCAGGUAGGCAUUAUUCUGGUAAAUAAAGUGCGACAAAUAAAUUACACCAGUUGAGUUCGGUACAAACCACACCUUCACAUAGUAAUGAACUUGACCCACCCCUCAAAGAGGAAUAUUUAACUCAUCUUAUCAGUGAUGGAUCUUCUGAUAAAAACUAAUCUUGUAACGUAAUAAAAUAGACUUUUCUCACUUUAGUAUUUUUUUUUGCUUAGGCAAAGUUAUGAUCUAAGAAAAGAAAGUAAUCCCUUUGGAGCAAAAAAGGAGGUACGUGAUUACAAUUAUUUCUUGUACGAAAGAUCUACUGUCAAUAAUGGAAUCUUUUCUGUAAGUCUGUUAUAAUUGGACAUGAGCAAGUACAUUUUUCAGUCUCUUCUGUGACUCCAAGGUCAAGGUACAGCCCUUUUCUGUCCGUUUUCUUUGCCUUUGUUCGUGGUGAAAGAUAACCGUGAAUACAAUAUUCUUCUCUGGCGGCAUAGAUCUUCGGCAUAGUUACUAGCUUUCAGUUUCCAAAAAUUAGUUCAGCCAUUGUUAAAAGGUACAGAAAAGAAUGAAUUGUAGAUUUAACAGUAAAUAUGCUUUUGAAAUUUGCAGCAGGCAACAACAUUGCGCCUUCUGGCAAAUGCAUAUCUUGACUGGGACUACAAAAACAACUGGCAGAUGGCUCUCAAUGCAACUGGUAACAAAUCCUGAAUACUUCUUCUUCCGCCAGUAAAUUUCAAGAACUUUAAGUCGUUAUUCACUUAUACUUGCUUUAUUAUGAUUUUAUAAUGGCGAGAGCUCUGUUUAGUGUGUAUGAAUCUUACAAAAUACGCUUAUCUGACACUCUUUUCCACUUUGACACAAAUUAAAAUUCAGUUCACGUUUAAUUCAAUGCAUUUAGUAAACUUACUGCAGCCUUAUAUUCAGCAGCCAAGAUUAACCAUGUUUUUCUUUUGUUCCUCUUUAGACCUUGCAAACUCUGUAAGUACCUACAUAAUUUUUGCUAUGCAGAGGAGUUGAUGAGUUCUAUUUAGACUGUAUUUGAAUCCGAUUUGAAUACAUUCAAACAACUGACGUAUAUCCCGCUUUUCUACUUAGGAAUAUAGCCAUCCCGCUGGACUUUAUCUUAAAGCCAAACUACUUAUUAUGGGUAAUGGGGAAACGAUUCCACUUUCGAGAUUGAAGUCAGGUAUCAAACCUUUCGCUUAUGCACAAUUUGCAGUUUUUCUUUUUAACGAGUACUGCAGGGACAUUAUAUUAUCUCAAAGUAACUCGUUAAACAUGUAACAGAGCUUGAAUUGCUCUUACAUGAAGAAUAAACUGACUAUAGUCAAGGUUGUUCAAUUCAGGUCAGAUCUGGACAAUUAUUUGAGCAUGAAAAAGCUAUGAGAAUGUGUUUUUUUUAGUCCAGGAAAAAAGAAUAAAUCAAAGUUUUCUCAUGCAACUGUAUUUGUCGUGAAUUAAUACUAUUCUAGCGUUGAAGAAAGCUAGUUUUUGUUAACUUUUAUCCAGGGUAAUAUUUAAAGAUAUGACGAUACUGCUCUGAUUCCUUGUCUCGAUCGUUUUAUUGCCUUUCCUUGCAGUUUUAGCAGAUUUCGGAUCACUGAUGGACUGAGAAAAGGGGGGAGGGGGUAAGAUGAGCGCACAGUCGGCCUUAGGUUUGAACUGUUAAGAGUUAUGACGUAAAAUAAGGACGUUCAAGCACCUUUUUUACCUUAAGCCGUUUUUUCAUAACUAAAUAUGCCAUAUUCAUCAAUAUUUAACGUAAUUUUCAUCUACUGGACGAGUUUAAAUAAACAGUAAUUAUCAUUCAAUAAAUUCAAGUAGGGUUUGUUAUAUUUUUAGCCUUUGAGGAAACUCUUCAGCACCCGGACUUAAAGGUAGAUCUUGGUUUGUGUGCAGUAAAUUUGGCAAUCCAGCAAACCAGGUGGGUCGAUAAUUGGUAAAAUGAAGAUAUCUUUUAAAUGCAAAAGCAAAUUUAGUGGCAAAAAAAAUCAUGUUCAACUGCACAUAAUUAUAACUUGUUACAUAUGUUUUAUGGAUUGAAUAAAUAAAUGUACGUGUAUCCACGAACGUAUAACGGGAUGUUUACUUAUUUAAGGGAAGUUCCUAAUAAGUUAAGCGGGAAACCAGUUGUAGAAAUAGAAGCGUCAAUUUUGGCAUGUUUAAGACAUUCUGGCAAUCCAAGAUGAAGGCCGCUUAGAAGACCAAGACAAAAAAGCACAACUUUAUCGUUUCGCGCUGAAAAUAAACAGAUAAUACUAGUCAUGAUUAAUGUGGUGAUAAAACAAAGUUGAAUCUAUUUCUUUUUUAUUAUUGUCAGAACGGAAUUGGCUUUUGACUGUUUGGAAAUUCUGAGUUCACGCUUCAAAAACUCUCCGGACCUUUAUAAGAUUCAACUUGAGCGCUUGGUAAGUUACCGAAAGCAAUUUCCAUUUAAUCAGGAAUACUGAAAACAUUUUAGGGGAAUUUUGGCUGUUGAUUAAAGAUCUAAAAAUGACUUUUCCUCCUCUUAGGCCUACCGCAAAUCAGAAGGCAAUUGAGAUAAAAGUCAAAAGCUGCGAUUAGGCUUUUUUCCUAAUUUUUGUUACUCUUACAGAGUUUUUUUGAUCAGAAAUGAAACAGAUCAUGUUGCGAUUUUCAAGAAAAAUUGUUUAAGUGACAAAGUCUACAUUAAUUGAAUUCAUUACUCUUUAUCUGAAGGAACUCUUGUUAAAAAACAAAAAGGAUGACGCAGCAAAGGAACUUAUCGAAAACUGCAUUGUUGGUAUGCAACGCCUAGCUUGUUGAUACUCAGAUCUUUGAUCUCUUUUUUGUUUUCAUUUUAAUUAAUCGUUCUGAUUGAAUUUGAUCACGACAGUGCACUGACAUCAUGAUUUGUUUGUUUGUUUGUUUGUUUUUUACUAAAUUGUUUUUCAGGUGAGAUAAGCAAAUCCCUUGAUUCAGAGAUGUUUCAAAGAUUCCAUAUUCUUUUGUGGGAAAAAGCGGCUGUUUGUUAUGAGGUUUCUGAAUGAUAAAUGACUGUUGUCGUUAACAUUAAUACAGUACAAGUUUCAUUUCCUUUCGCUUUUGCAAAAGUAGCGUGGGUGCUCCUUAAUUUUUGUGCGGUGAUUAUUAUUAUCAUGUAUAUUUAUUAGAAUAUCGAUCCUAUAAGUUUGGGAUAAUUCACCAGGAACCAAGCUGACAGUAAAGAUUUGUAAUGGGUUCGAAUUCCCAUGGGACACUCAUAUUUUCUUUUCUCAACUUCUAUUUGUUCAGGCGAAAGACUACAAUGAGGCAUUAAAUUGGUAUAAUUAUUCCUUGAGCCUCUUUUCCUCGAAGGAGACAAACAGCAAAAGCAUUGCAAAACUGCAGGUUGGUAUGAAAAAGAAAUGAGAAGCGUUGCCAUGCUUCCAACUAAUAUACCCUUUUUAAAAUAACGGGAAUUGAUUUGGACGACAAAUUCAUUUAGUGUGACCGAUACAGUAGUAAAUUGUUGGUUUUCAAUAAAAAAGAACGAUUUUUGCUUUGAAUUUAAUACCAUUAACUAUCUGAAUGAAAUAAGGCGAUUCAAGACAAAGUAUGCGCGGUUCUCGGAAGUUUUUACAUACGCAUCUAGCUAGUACGAUAUAUCCCUAGGUUAAACCUUGCUGAGUGGCAUAGUGACGGUUGCUUUUACACCUUACAGACCAGAUACAGGGCUUACAUUUGUUACUCUAGCUAUAGUAAUCAUCUAAUGAGGGCCUCGUGGGCCCGCUUCUGAAAUUGAAGAGGGCCCGUUUGUAAAAAAGGGAACCCAGUGUGUCUGAAAUUAUGUACCAAAUGGUUUGAAAUUAAUUUUCUUCUUUGGCCUAACCUCUUCCAAAACAUUUUCGUUGACUUUUUGCUGGAGAUCAAAACCAAAUGGGAAA